GAAGCCCCAAGAAGACCUUUUGACGACCAUGGGCUUCCUGCGCAACGUGGCUGGCUCGGCCAUCGCCCUCUCGCUGGCGGCGGUCGUGGCGUUCUACACCGACCUGCAGCUCUACGCGGCCGUGUGCGUGGGCGUGCAGUGGCUCUCGGCGCUCUACGCCGUGCCCAAGCAGGACGAGCGGUACUUCGACCUCACGGGCUCCGUCACGUACGCGGUCGUGUCGCUGCUGGCCUACGCCGCAAAUGAACGCGCGUCCUGGCGCGAGUCGCUGCUCACCGCGCUCGUGUGGCUCUGGUGCGUGCGCCUCGGCUCGUUCCUGUUCCUGCGCAUCAGCGAGUGCGGCGAGGACAAGCGCUUCAAGGACAUCCGCGUGAACCCGCUGCGGUUCCUGGGCGUCUGGAGCAUCCAGGGCCUCUGGGUGCUGCUCACGGUGCUACCCGUGCUGCUGACGCUCAAACACGGGGUGCGCGACCCGCAGGUGUCGCCGCUGGACGUGGCCGGCGUCUCGCUCUGGGUCGUGGGCUACGUGAUGGAAGUCGCGGCCGACUACCAGAAGACCCAGUUCCGUCGAGACCCGAGCAAGAAGGGGCAGUUCAUCCAGAGCGGCCUCUGGUACUACAGCCGCCACCCCAACUACUGCGGGGAGAUCAUGAUGUGGAUCGGGGUGUUCUGUGUGAGCGUGCACACGCUGCCGACCGCAGCGCUCAAGUGCUGGGCGGCGCUGAGUCCGGUGUUUGUGACGUUCCUGCUGCUGUUCGUCUCGGGCGUCCCGCUACUGGAGAAGCAGGCGGAAGAGCGCUGGGGAUCUACCAAGGCGUACCAAGAGUACAAGGCGCAGACCAGCGUGCUGGUGCCCAUGCCCAAGACCAAAGCCAAGUCGGCGUAG